AUGGUGGAACCGCUCACUAUAAUAGCGAGCGCGGCCUCGCUCCUCGGAAUAUGUUCGAAAGUCGCCGUCGAGCUGAAGAAAUUUCGCCACGGAGCGGCGGAAGCCCGCACCUACGUCACGGCAAUGUUGAACGACAUGAAAGGCUUGCGAGAUGUCCUCCAGUCAAUGGAAGAUACCUUCGAUGAGUUGGAAGUUCAGCCUCCAAGUGGCCAUAUUGGGAUUCACUGGAAGAACCUUUUGAGAUCUCUCCAAGAUGGACGCAGUACUCUUGAACAACUUGAAGAGCUCCUCACUACAAUUAACAAGCAAGUGACUUUCCUAGACUCCGCACGGCGAGAAGUACGCGUGAAGAGCGCUGUGGAACAGAUUGUAAACUUCAGGCAGCAAGUUCAAACGUAUAAGGAUGCAAUGCAGCUCUCAUUGCAAACUAUUAUCUUCUGGCAUCAGGUCUCAAUCCAAGAGUCAACUUCAAAGAUCCUGCCUAGUCUGAACGCCAUGCAUUCGGACAUCCGUCGGCUUGCAACAAACCUGGACAUCAAGCUUCAUGGACUGCAAAAUAUGUUCAAUGGGAGUAACCAGCAAAAGCAAAUGGCUGGUGUCGAAAAUCUAAAAGAAUUCAUUCACUCGGCCGCCACAGUCCUUUCAUCUGCUUCCACAAUAACCUCCAACGACAAGGAGGGGGAUGAUGCCCUUUCUGAGUAUGCAGACGAUUUUUGGCCUGAUUUCAAUGCAGACUGGUUUCGAACCAAAACAAACCUUGAUUGGGUCAGCUCCACUAGAGGGAAAUCACUCACCUUCGAACUCGGCAAUACCAGUUUUCAAGAACCCUUAACGACGAGUUCUGAUGCACCUGGUGGAUUACCAGAGGUUUCUCCAUCACCUACACAACCCCUGAUACAUCUAACUAGGAAAGGCUCGGGCCACUGGUUUGACAGACUCAUACCUAGCAGCCGCGAACGACAACCCACUGUGUUCAAUUUGGGAACUCAAAAUAGCGACCAUUACCAACUAAAGGAUGAGACGGUUGGUAUUGAGAAACCCGCAGAAGACAGUUAUCUAUCACGCCCCGUCCCACCAUCCCUGUCAACGCCGGCUCAUCAGCAGAGCAAAACAUCUAAACAAAACUUAACCCCGUUGUUUGCUUUUCCUUCCAGGGAAAAGCGACAAUCUCUUAUUCAACUUUUCUGGAGCAAGGCCUCUGCUAAUAAGAGAUCCACACCUAAGGCAAGGCGGGAGCUAGCUGUGACGGAAGACCAAGGGCACAAACAGUCCAGAACACGAAUGAAGUUUGUCUUUGUGGGCGACGGUGCAUGUGGAAAGACAUGUCUUCUAAUCCGGGCGUCUAAAGGUGUUAUGCCAGAGGUCUAUGUUCCCACGGUCUUCGAGAACUACGUGUGCGAUGUUCAGGCCUACGGAACGUCCGUCGAAGUGGCUCUGUGGGAUACUGCUGGGCAAGAAGAUUACGAUCGAUUGCGACCCCUCGCAUAUCCUGAUUCCCACGGCGUCUUCAUAUGCUUUUCUAUAGAUUCCCCGGACAGUUUGUAUAACGCCCAAGAGAAAGUAAAGUAUUCCGUGCGACAAGGCAGAGGAGAGGCCCCGGUUCUAAUCGCGAUUACGCAGUGGAUAAACGAGGUAUCGCACUUCUGCAAAGACGUCCCUGUUUUUCUCCUAGGGUGCAAGAACGAUCUUCGUGACGACCCUUCAACUAUUGGAGAGCUUUUUAAAACCUCACAAUGCCCCGUGAAACCAGCUGUGGCUGAAGAAGUGGGGCGAGACUUGGGCGCAGUUGAGUAUUUUGAUUGUUCUGCAAAGACCGGAGAUGGCGUUGAUGUGGCCUUAGAGAAAGCGGUUAGACAUGUUUUGCAAGGAGAAAUGGUACAGAAGAAAAGGAGGAAAGGCCGCAGUUUCUUCUAG